AUGGACGGAACGAUCAUUAAUACUGAAGAUUUAUAUACUGAGGCUACCACGGAAUUAUUAGAACGAUAUGGAAAAGGACCCUUAACAUGGGAUGUUAAAAUCAGACUUCAAGGUAGACCAGGACCUGAAUCAAUGAAGAUUAUGAUAGAAGAAUAUGAUUUACCAUUAACUAUAGAAGAAUUUUCUCAAGUGGCAUUAGAAAUUCAGGCUGAUAAAUGGCAUAGAUCUAGAUUUUUACCGGGAGCUCUUGAACUUGUAGAAUAUUUAUAUAAUAAAAAUAUCCCAAUUGCAUUGGGGACUAGUUCUAAUAAGAUUAAUUUUGAGAGAAAGACUAAACAUCUUGAUCAUGGAUUUAAAUAUUUUACCCAUCAUAUUGUUACAGGAGAUGAUCCAAGAAUUCCUACAGGACGUGGUAAACCUAAUCCGGAUAUUUGGUUUGCAUGCUUAGAUAGUAUUAAUGCUCAUAGAAAAUUACAGGGAUUAGAUGAAAUCUUAAUUGAAGAAUGUUUAGUAUUUGAAGAUGGAAUUCCUGGUGUAGUAUCAGGGAUUGCUGCUAAAGCUCAUGUAAUUUGGAUUCCUGAUGUUAACGCACUUGAAGUAUUAAAUGGAGAAGAGCAUAAUAUAAUUGGCACUAAUGGUGAAAUCCUCACAAGCUUAGAACAUUUCGAUAAGGCUAAGUACAGUUUAUAA